AUUGCUGAAUGUGACAGGGAAGUUGAGAAGACUGCUGCUGUGACAGACAGAAAGAGGACACAAGACCUAAAAGAAUCCCAUAAAGGUUAACAUGGUGCUGCAUCAACGAAUUCCUCUUUUACCACGGCAAAAGUCUUUUAUUCCUCCACAAAUUCCAAAUCCAUUUGUGCAUGAGCUAUGCCUGACCCAUAUCAACAGAGUAAAUAUGGUGUUUUGUGGUUUACUGCUUCUUCCAGUUCGAAUCAUAUUCUUCAUUGUUGUUCUAAUACUGGCAUGGCUGGUUGCAUUAUUCACUACUUGCUGUUCUGAAGAGAAAAUUGAACAGCCAUUCACAGGAUGGAGAAGGAAUGUUUCCAAGUGUCUUAUUGGCUUCUUUGGUCGCCUUCUAUAUUUCUGUAUGGGAUUCCAUGUUCGCAUUCAAGGCAAUCCUGCAAGGGCAAUGCAAGCUCCCAUUCUUGUAGUUGCUCCGCACUCCUCCUUCUUUGAUGGAGUUGCUGUGAUUGCAUCUAGGAUGCCCUCUACCGUGUCUAGGGAAGAGAAUGUUACAGUGCCUAUAUUUGGUCGAAUACUUCGGGCUCUUCAACCUGUGUUAGUAUCACGAGUGGACCCAAAUUCUCGAAAGAAUACUAUCAAUGAAAUAAAAAAACGUGCAAUGUCCGGAGGAGAAUGGCCACAGGUAUUGAUGUUUCCUGAGGGGACUUGCACAAACCGUUCCUGUCUUAUUUCCUUUAAACCAGGUGCAUUUCUUCCUGGAGUUCCUGUUCAACCUGUUAUCCUGAGAUAUCCCAAUACAUUGGAUACUGUAACUUGGACAUGGCAAGGAUACUCAGCCACCAAACUUCUGCUCAUGACAUUUUGUCAAAUCUACACCAUUGUUGAAGUGGAGUUUCUUCCAGUAUAUGUGCCUUGUAAUGAAGAAAAGAACGAUCCAUUUCUUUUUGCAAACAAUGUUCGACAUAAUAUGGCCCAGGCUCUGGGGCUACCUGUCACAGAACAUACAUUUGAAGACUGCAGGCUCAUGUUAACAGCCAGAGAGCUGACUUUACCAAUGGAAGCUGGGCUUGUGGAGUUUACUAAAGUCAGCAGAAAGUUGCACCUAAAAUGGGAUAAUGUCAUGAAGCAGAUGGAGGUUUUUGCCACAAUUGCAGCAUCAUCCAAGGGAGGAAGAAUUGGGAUUGAAGAGUUUGCCUCACACCUCAAACUGCCAGAAUCAGAUAUUCUUAGAGAGCUGUUCACAUUAUUUGACAGGAACAAAGAUGGUACCAUAGAUUUCAGAGAGUAUGUAAUUGGCAUAGCAAUUCUUUGCAAUCCUGCUAAUACAGAAGACACCAUUAAAAUGGCCUUCAAGCUAUUUGAUGUUGAUGAAGAUGGCAGUAUUACUGAGGAUGAAUUUUCAUCUUUGCUGCAGUCUUCAUUGGGAAUUCCAGAUCUUGAUGUCUCCAAACUAUUUAAAGAUAUUGAUAUCGAUAAAUCAGGAAAAAUCUCCUAUGAUGAGUUUAAGAUAUUUUCACUGAAGAAUCCAGAAUAUGCGAAGUUGUUCACAACUUACCUGGAACACCAGAGAUACUACUACAUGCUGCAAGAAGACCAGGAUCAGGAUAGGCAUUUAAAGAUCUGUGCAGAAAGAGACGUUGUCCAUUCUGCAACAACACUGAAUCUACAUCAUAGUACUUCAGAAAAAAAGGAAGACUGAGAAUAAUCAAAUUGACACCAGAGUCAUUAAACAAUUAUUAUCAAUGUUGCAUUUAAAACUUUCAGUACAUUAAAAGAAUUCAGUUAAAAUAAUGUUACUGCAACUUUGUGUUACUUUAUGAAUUUACUGGCAAGAUCUAUCUACACAUAGAUAAUCAAAGAGAAUAA